AUAAUAUUCCUACGUGUUUUAUUUAUAGACUGGAACUCUCCUGAACUUGUCAGAACAGCAACUUAUUGACUGCUCGUGGGGGUUUGGUAACCGGGGCUGUAAAGGAGGAUAUCCUCAUCGAGCCAUGCAGUGGGUCAUUAAACAUGGCGGACUGGCCACUGAAGAGAGUUAUGGAAGAUAUCUAGCUCAGGAGGGAUUCUGUCAUUUUAAAAACACCACAACAGGAGCAAAGCUCGACUUUUUCAUGAAUAUCACAAAAGGGCAUACAAGCGAGCUGAAGCAAGCAAUUGCUUUCUAUGGUCCUGUCAGUAUACUCAUCAACACACAACCAAAAUCAUUUAAAUUUUAUGGAUCGGGAAUUUAUUAUGACCCAGCAUGCACUCAUGCAUUGGACCACGCGGCCUUAGCUGUUGGCUAUGGAGUGGAAAACGGCGAGCCAUACUGGCUGAUAAAGAACUCCUGGUCGAAAGCUUGGGGUGAUCAGGGAUAUAUCAAGAUCGCUAUGAAGAAUGACAACUGUGGUGUUGUACAAAAGGCUGUUGUAGUGAAGAUCAGAGAUUGA